CCGGCCGCUCGCAUCCUCCCGGCUCCAGGCACCCAAGUUCUGAAAGGAAGCAACGUCCACUACAAAGCCCUGGCGGCGGUCGGUCUACCCGCCGUUCGCCCAGGCGCUAGCCGGCGGGAGGCGGGAGUCUGAAGCCCCCACGCGUUCCUCGCCCCCAACGGCCCUCCGCUCGCGCCGCUACCACUGCGAGGUCGAGGCGGCGGGGCCAGCGCCCAUUGGCUUGCCUCAGCCCUCCGCCCGCCCCCUCGCCGCGUUUAUUGGUCGGAGCAGCGGCGCCCGCGGGAUAGGCGGUGGCGGCGCCCCUCCCUCGCGCCGGCCCUCAAGAGGGCGACGAGGAAGCGGCCACCUCCCUGCGCCCCGCCCCACGGGCUUGCUUGGAGGCUCCGGCUCCUCCCGACUUCUCCCGGCUCCUCCCGGCUCCUCCUGGCGGUCUCCCGUCUCCCUCCGGCUUCGGCUCCGGCGCAGCGGCGGCGGGCAGUUGCAGUGGUGCAAAAUGGCUGACCUCAGUCUUGCAGAUGCAUUAACAGAGCCACCUCCAGAAAUUGAGGAAGAGAUAAAACGGGACUUUAUUGCCACGCUGGAGGCAGAGGCCUUUGAUGAUGUUGUGGGAGAAACUGUUGGAAAAACAGACUAUAUUCCUCUCCUGGAUGUUGAUGAGAAAACCGGGAAUUCAGAAUCAAAGAAGAAACCAUGCUCAGAUACUAGCCAGGUUGAAGGUGCUCCCUCCAAGCCAGCAGGGCUAGCCAAUGGUGACCAUGGAAUAGAAGGGAAUGAAACCACGGGUUCUCCAACUCCAUUUCUUGAAGAGAAGAUGGCCUACGAGGGAUAUCAGAACAUCCAGAGCUGGCCAGAAAAUACAAACUUUUGCUUUGAACCAGAACAGUUGGUGAAUCCUACCCACACUGAUCCCUUUAAAAUGCACCAUGAUGAUGGCCUGGAGGAUUUUCUCUUUCUCCCCAGUGGAACAACCAAUACUUCAGGAUUUGCAGAACGAAAUGAUCCCCUGCAAGACAGUUAUGGUCUGUUUCCCUGUGACACCUUUGCUCCUGCAGCUGUCGUACCUCAGGGGUGGCCUGUGGAAGCCCCAAACUCUCCAUACUCGGAAUCCUUCAUUUUACCAGAGGCCGUACCACAACCUCUGCAGCCCACAUCAGAGCUAGCCAAAGAGGUAGAAGUGACAUCAGCAGAAGAGAGGGCACCAGCAGAAGCAUUAGAAAUCAUGAUGGGACUGAAGACUGCUGACAUGGCACCAUCUAGAGAAACAGAGAUGUCUCCAGCCAAGGACAUGGCUCCAGCCACAGAAACAGAGGUGGCAUUGGCUAAAGACAUGGAACCAUCCACCAAAUCAGAUGUGACACUGGCUGAGGACGUGGAAUCAUCUAUCAAAUCAGAUAUAGUCAAGGACAUGGUACUACCCAAAGAAACAGAAGAAGCCCCAGUUAAGGGUGCUGUAUUGUCUGCAGAAACUGAUGUAUCUUUAGCCAAGGACAUGGUACUGCCCACAGAAACAGAGGUAGCCCCAGCCAAGGAUGUAUUACCAUUCAAAGAAACAGAGAGGGCCCCACCUGUAAGCCCUGUAAAAAUGGAUGUGUCCCCAGAUGAGGGCAUGGUACCACCUACAGACAGAGAGAUUACCCCAGCCAAGGGUGUGGUAUCUCUCUCAGAAAGAGAAGUGGCACUGGCUAAGGAUGUUGUAUCAUCUACAGAAAUGUCCCCAGCCAAGGAGGUGGCCUUAUCCCCAGACACAGAGGUGGCCCUGACUGGGGACAUGGUGCUGCCUCCAGAAACCAAGGUGAUCUUGACCGAGGAUGUGGCAUUGCUCCCAGAAACAGAGGUGGCCCCGGUCAAGGAUAUGGCUCUACACCCAGCUACAGAAAAGGCACCACUGAAGGAUGUGGCUCCAUCCCCAGAACCAGAGUUGGCCCUGGGCAAGGAUGUGCUUUCACCUACAGAAACAGAGAUGGCCCUGGGCGAGAAUGUGGCUAUGUCCCCAGAAACAGAAGUAACCCCGGUCAAGGAUGUGCCUCUGCCUCCAGAAACAGAGUUAGCCCUGGCUUCGGAUGUGGCUCCACCCCCUGGGACAGAGGUGACUCUGGCCAACAAUGUGAGUCCAGCCCAGGCUGCUGCAUUGCUCUCAGAAACAGAGGUGGCACCGGCUCCGGUUAAGGAUGUGCAUGCUGCAGGGACAUGGGAAGAAACAGAGGAGUCCCAGUUAAAAUCUCUCAAGAACGAGGGGCAGUCAGCUGCAUCUACCUUGAUCAUGUCUCCAGAACCAGUCACAGCUGUGGGGCAAAAGUCCACCUUGCCAGCAGAUGAGGAUUCUGUAUUAGAGAAACAAGAGCAAAAGAAACCAUUCGGUAGUCAACCUUCUGAACUUCCUUCCGAGACCUCGGGUACCCCUCCCACACAAGGCAAACAAGUGUACAGACCCAGUGACCGCAGGUCCACUCGGCCCAGGCCUGCCAGGGUCCCUCCUGAGCUGCUGGGAGGCUCUUCUCCACGGAAGACUGUUGAUACCGGGCUGGGCCCCUGCUCUUUGUUUGAAUUGGGUUGGGUCUCUGGUCUGUCUACCUAUGGUGAGCCUGGGAACCAAAGGAAAACUACUCAUCUUGACUUCCUUGAACCCAAGCGAGAUCUUGGCAGGGAGGCCUGGGAUACAGAGAGCCCACCAAUGAUGAUGAAGAAAAAAAAGAAGAAACCAAAGCAAAAAAGAUAUUCUCAGCCCCGGGCUGGGGGACCUUGGGAUGACGACCGUGCAGACGACCAUAAAGGUCAUCCUUUUGUAGCAGACCCACAGAAAUCAGGGGUUCUCCCCAGCCUGCCUACCCCUGUGGGCAUGGAAUAUGGACUGGCAUCCAGAGAAAACUUAAAAAAAGAAUGUGAAGUGGAGUCCAGAGCCGCCAGACUGGUAGCAGAAAACUUUGUUUCAGAAAGUCUCAGCGUGCCUUUGUGUCCUUUGGAAGAAUCCCUGAAAACUGCAGGAAGUUCUCAGCGCAAGACGGGAACAGACACGGAAGUCCGUGGUAACAAGGCAGUACCACUGGGCCAGGACCAGAAAUGGCUACAGCCAGGUGAAGGCAAACCAGAGCCUGCACCCCACCUAAAGAGUCCCGUGGAUGAAAACCGGACAAUGGGUUCAUCUGUUCUGAAAGGACCCCAGACAGAAGUUUCUGCACACAAAAUAGAAAUUCCUUUGGAGAUUAGGCCCAAAGAGGGUUCCUCUCCUGUCUUGUACCAAGAGGCCAUGGGUGGGGUUUCAAAACCCAUAGCCGCAAAAGAACUGCCUAAUCCGGUGCCCACUUUGCCAACAGGUACCUCAUUAGGAAUUAGCCCAACAGAAGCGAAUGAUGAAAGUAAAGUGACUAAAUUGCAGAAAGACAGGCAGACAGGAACUGAAGGAACUAAAGAGGUUAAAGGAACUAAAGAGAUUAAAGAACUAACAAAGGAAGCUCCUCCCAAGCCAGGUCAGGAGACGAGCAUCUUGGCUUCUGAUCAGUGGCAGGAUGAGGUGUUAGUUCAGAGGCCUGGGCUGGAGAAUCCACCAUCUCAGAGAACAGCAGGGGAUGGCAGAAACAGGAAGGCAAGGGCAGGUUCUGGGAAGGUGAGAACCAGUUCUGGGAAGGGAAGAGCAAGAUCUGAGCCCCCAUUUCUUACGGACAGCUGGAAGGAUGGCCCAGCUGUUCUCGGGCCAAGUGAGGCGGCCCCUAAAACCGAAAGAUUGCCUGCUGGGGAGAAGAGUGAGGAGCUGGGUUCCUCAAAGCAACCAGGGACCACAGUGAGUCUCACGGAGGCUGUGGAGACGGGUGAUGCGAGGGGGCCCAGCGCCUCGCACAUGUUGAUUCCUUUGGGAAGUGAGUCAGGCACGACUCAGACUUCUGGCGCUAGAACAGAAAGGGGGACCUCAGCUGUAGAUAGGGGUGUCAGUAACCAGAGCAAGGAAGGAGCAUGUCCUUGGAUGGGUAGUGAGGCAGCUCCCUGGAUUUCUGAAAAGCCUAAGAAAAGGGGUAGUGAGGGCAAAAACAAAAAGUUCAAAAAUAAUUAUUCCACACAGCCUGCUAGAAUGGAGAACAAGGAAGAAACCCCCAACCCACCUUCUGUAGGGAAGGAUAGAGAUGCUGGGAGUACUCCUCAUCCAAACAAGGACUUAGGACUCUCUUCCCCCUUAAAUCAUGAUCCUUUGUUCUCACGUCUAUCAGCUCUUCCCACAGUGGAAGUAGGUGAAUGGAAGGGGAGGAACGAUGAGGUUAAUUCUUUUGAGCUUGGGGCUCUUGGUGGGAACAAGACAGACAUAGUCAAGGACGCCGCUGUUACUGAACCAGCUACCAAGGUGACAGAUGUGAGCUGCCAAGACCAAAUCCAGGGGGCAGGAUUUGUCCCUGCAGUACUGUCUGCAGAGAAUAAGACAGAUGCAGCCAAGGGACACGCUGCAGUGGCUGACAAACCAAAUGAAAGGAGCAAUGAUGGAAAAAGUAAAAAGGUUAAAAAUAGUUUUCCUGAGAAGCAUCUUCUGGAGAAUACGAUAGAUGCAUCAGAAAUACAUGUUCCCAUGGAAACCACAGGGGACCACAGAACUGAAGGAAUGGGCUAUGUGGACGAAAAUAGAAAUAUCACAUUUACCUGCCCCAGAACGCUCCCAGGGUUGAUGAAUAAGUCAGCCCCUCCAGAGGCUCUGGAGUCAGCAGCUCGUGAAGGACUGCCCGCUCCUGCUUCUCAAGUAGUAAAGGAAGGUGAAUCUUUUCCAAAGCCCUUGGCAGAAAGUGGGCAAGAGACAACUCUAGCCCAGUUGUCCAAAUUAUUAGUGGUAGAUAAUUGCAGCAGAGAUGGAGUCCCAGCUCAGGAAAGACCCAAGGCCCCCUCUACUGUCACACCUUCAAGCACAGGAGGAGAGGUUGCCCUCACUCUCACAGCAGCUGUAGACACUAUUAAUAGCCAGGGAGCUAACACUCUUAAGAAUAAAGGUGAACUUGCUGGUCCCCUGAGGACUGAAACAGGGAUAGAUGGAGGAUCUGUGAAGGGAGGCUCUGAGUCAGUGCCCAGUGCUGCAUCUAAGCAUUUGAUAGAAAAAAUGACAGAGGUCACAGAGAGACACCUUUCUGGAAUGCCAGUAGAAGACCAGCGCCUACAAGGUGAGGGCAGAGUCCUAGAAGCAUGUGCAGAUAGGAAUAAUUUUCCAACACACCCAGUUAACAGAAAGAAAGAGUCUGAGGAAGGUUCUGCUCCAAUUCCAAUUCCUCCUGACUUACUGGGAGACAAAGCACCAAAGCCCAGUUUCUCUGAGGACCAAAAUGCUGACAGUCGAGAUUCCAAGGACCCAGACGGUUUGAAUAAGGAGGUAGAUAGAGCCCUUUUGCCUUCAACAAGUGAAAAAAAGAAAGUGGAAGAAGUUAGCCUGGCUUCUGAAAUCACUGAAUCCGGACAUAUUUCCACGGCUGCACCAGAAUUCGAGUCAGAUUUGUUAGAUGGCAGGGCUGCAGCUACUCCGUCACCGGCGGUAGAUAAGUUGGUAGUGCCUCCUCCCAAGGAUCCUGAACUCCCAGAACCCAAGGAUAAGAUCUCGGAGGCCCCUGACAAACUGACCGAAAAAUCUGAGCGGAAGGCACCAGGAGAAGGCAACAGGGAAGAUAAAAGCAGAGUGGCAGAGCCACUGAAAGGCUACAUGAGACCUACCAAGUCCCGAGGCCUUACUCCACUUUUGCCGAAGUCUACCGUCCAGGAACGAGAGAGAGCCAGACAACUGAAGUCCGGCGGAAUAAGUAAGCCAGAAGAAGGCCGGCCUGCGGGGAGUGUGACCGGAAAUGACAUCACCGCCCCUCCAAACAAGGAGCUCCCACCAAGCCCAGAGAAGAAAACAAAGCCUUUGGCCACCACUCAACCUGCAAAGACUUCAACAUCGAAAGCCAAAACUCAGCCCACUCCUCUCCCUAAGCAGUCAGCUCCCACCACCUUUGGUGGGUCGAAUAAAAAACCUAUGAGCCUCGCUGCAGGCUUAGUGCCGGCUGCCCCACCCAAACGCCCUGCUGCCACCACUACCAGGCCUUCCACCUUACCUGCAAAAGACGCAAAACCCAAGUCUGCUGCAGAGGCAAAGGUUCCUGAGAAACGAACCUCACCGUCCAAGCUGGCCUCUGCUCCAGCCCUCAAGCCUGGCUCCAAGAGCACCCAGACUGUUCCAAAAGCCUCAGCCGCUGCCAGUCCUGCCUCAGCUGGGCCAAGCAGUCGAAGCCCCCCAACGCCUGUGCCCAGAAGGCCCACCACCAUCAAGACCGAGGGAAAACCUGCAGACAUGAAGAAGACAGCUACACAGUCUGUGCCAGCUGACUUGAGUCGCUCCAAGAGCACGUCCACCAGCUCCGUGAAGAAAAGCACCACUGUCCCUGGGGUCGCCCCUGCGGCAGGGGUGGCUCCCAGCCGAGCCAAGCCCACACCCACCCCGCCCCGGCCCUCUGGGACGCCUUCCUCAGACAAGAAGCCCACAUCAGCCAAGCCCAGCUCCUCUGCCCUGAGGCUGAGCCGCCCGUCUACCAACACUUCUGCCCCUGAUCUGAAGAAUGUCCGCUCCAAGGUUGGCUCCACAGAAAACAUCAAACAUCAGCCUGGAGGAGGCCGGGCCAAAGUAGAGAAAAAAACAGAGGCAUCUGCUCCGGCUCGAAAGCCUGAACCUAACGCAGUCGCUAAAACAGCUGGUCCCAUUGCGAGUGUGCAGAAACCACCUGCUGGGAAAGUCCAGAUAGUCUCCAAAAAAGUGAGCUACAGCCAUAUUCAGUCCAAGUGUGGUUCCAAGGACAAUAUUAAGCAUGUCCCUGGAGGUGGUAAUGUUCAGAUUCAGAAUAAGAAGGUGGACAUCUCUAAGGUCUCUUCCAAGUGUGGGUCCAAGGCCAACAUCAAGCACAAACCUGGUGGAGGAGAUGUCAAGAUUGAAAGUCAGAAGUUGAACUUCAAGGAGAAGGCCCAGGCGAAGGUGGGAUCCCUCGAUAAUGUGGGCCACCUGCCUGCAGGAGGUGCCGUGAAGACUGAGGGCGGUGGCAGCGAGGCCCCUCCGUGUCCGGGCCCCCCCGCUGGGGAGGAGCCGGCCAUCCCUGAGCCAGCGCCCGAAGCUGGCGCCCCCACUUCAGCCAGUGGCCUCAGUGGCCACACCACCCUGGCAGGGGGUGGUGACCAAAGGGAGGCCCAGACCUUGGACAGCCAGAUCCAGGAGACAAGCAUCUAAUGAUGACAUUCUGGUCUCGUCUUCCGUCCCCUGUGUUCCCCCUCUUGUGUCCCUUGUUCCCCCCUCCCUUCCCUCCUCCCGUGUCACUGCAGAUUGAGACCUACAGGCUGACGUUCCGGGCAAACGCCAGGGCCCGCACCGACCAUGGGGCUGACAUUGUCUCCCGCCCCCCCUACUUCCCUGGCGGCCCCAGCUCAGGCCCCCGGGC